AGUUCCAUAGACGACUAUAAGCAGCUCCAGAAAUCACUUAUGGCUGACUAUUCCAACAAGAUCCGCCCUGUUUAUGAUCAGGAUGAAACAAUUUAUAUUUACACGACGUUCUAUUUGUCCAGUAUUGUUGAAGUUGACGCUGUCCAGCAGCGGUUAGUGACCACCGCGCACCUUGGCAUUUCGUGGACGGACGAGCUCCUUCAGUGGGAUGAAAGUAGUACAGGAAUUGAAAGGCUGUAUUUUAAACAGAAAGAUAUCUGGACUCCUGACGUGGUACUUAUGAAUGGCGUCAAAAAGUUCGAGGAAUUGGGCGGGGAGUUCUACUAUGUGGAGGUUAUACCAGACGGUACGGUUUACUGGUACCCCUACCAGAUAUUCGAGAGCAAGUGUGAUAUCGACAUAACCUACUUUCCUUUCGACACUCAGAUCUGCAAUUUUGUCUUCGUCAGCUGGAGCUUCCUGAAAAGUGAACUGAAUAUUACUUUAUAUGAGGAGAAUGCACCAAUAGAAUACUAUGACUAUGUGCAAAACUCGGUAUGGGACAUCGUGCAUUCAACUUCUCAGACUUCUCCUGAAUAUGAAGCGGAUGCUAAGGUUACAUUCACCCUGACUCUGCGCCGUAAACCACAGUAUUACGUCAUGAAUUUGAUCCUACCAGUCGUUCUUCUAGGAGUAAUAAGUCUCUUGGUAUUUGUAAUACCCGCAGAUGCUGGAGAGAAGAUGUCGUUUGCGGUGACUGUUUUUCUGGCGUUCGCUGUGUUUUUAUCCAUAAUCAGCAUGCAACUUCCGGUUAAUUCAGAAAAAACAUCAAUGUUAGGAGUAUAUCUCAUCUUUCAAAUGACGCUUGGGGUGGGUACCAUAAUUUUGUCCUCCUUUCAACUCAGGAUCCACUAUAGAAAGUCCGAAAGAAAGGUGGGCAAGUUUUACAGAGGAAUUGUUACUAUGGAGAGAUUCCUGAGGUGUAAAAUAUGUUUGAAAUCUUCCCCUCAGGGAAAAAGCAACAGACAAUCUUUCCAACAAGAUGUAAACUGGGAUGACGUAUCAUCUGCGCUUGAUUUCUCUUGUUUCUGGGUAAUGUUGCUUUUAGAAGUGGCCGCAAUCAUAAUCUUUGUCUUGCAUUUAAUAUAA